AUGAAGGAAACCACGACGUCACCGCGCUGCUGCCCUCCAGGGUCCCAGGAUGACGCUCCAGAUGAGCUGGAAGAAAACAGAGCGAUGGAGAUAAAGCAGGUAAUCUUGCACAAGAGAUCUGAGGAUGCAAAACAACACAGGAAGAAGAAUGGGGUUUUAACGGCUGAGGUGGUCUCCAGGUGUGUGUCCAACAUUGGACGCCUUGGCACCGGGCUGCAACAUGUGUACCACCACCUGUGUCUGCCUAACCAGGAUCUCAGUGACAUCUCUGUCUUAUGCAGUUAUGUCCAUCUUCAAAAGCUGCAGUUGUCACACAACAAAAUCAAAGAUUUGUCCUGCGUGAGCCACAUGCCCUAUCUCGUCGUCCUGGACGCUUCUCACAAUGACAUCUCCAACUUCUUUGAAUUCCAGCCGCCGAAGAACCUAAAAGAGGUCAAUUUCUCUCACAACCGUAUCACAAAAAUGAAGGACUUGUCAGCCUUUUCAUCUCUUAGUCAUUUGGAUCUGGGCUACAACAGUUUCAGUGAAAUCGGUGGUCUUGAGCAAUGUUGCAAGAUCACCAAUCUCAGCCUGGAACACAACAACAUCUCGAGGGUCAGCGGCCUGGACACACUGCCCCUCACACACCUCUGCCUGAGGGGGAACAAGCUGGAGAGGAUUGAAGGGUUGGAUAAGCUGACGUCGCUGCAGGUUCUCGACUUGUCUCUGAACCGCGUCGCCACUCUCUCCGGCCUCCAGCACCUCCACCUCCUGGGCUCUAUCAAUCUGGAGAAAAACCUGAUCAGUGAAAUUCAGGAGUGCAAACAUAUUCGUGAUCUUUUCCUGUUGAGGGACUUCAACCUGCUGGGAAACCCAGUCCAGGAGCAACCCGAUUACAGACUGUCAGUCAUCUUCCUCCUCCAACAUCUGACUGGGUUGGACCAAGAGAAAGUCACUGCUGAAGAAAAGGUGUCAUCAGUAAACAAGUAUGACCCUCCUUUGGAUUUGGUGGCCGCCAGGGAUCACAUGACCCAGCUGGUGUAUCACCUGAUGCAGCCGCAGGUGCUCUAUGACAGCAGUACGAUGCCCAGUGCAGACUCUCCGUAUCCGAUGCUGGUCCUGACCGGUCCUCAAGGCUGUGGGAAGAGAGAUCUGGCUCACAGACUGUGUCACGACUUGAGCGAAUACUUUGCCUACGGAAUCAGUCACACCACGAGGAGGCCAUAUUUCGAAGAGGAGGAUGGGAUCGAUUACCAUUUCGUCAGUGAGGAAGAUUUUCAGAGCAUGAUUCAGAUGGGUAAAUUCAUCCAGACCACGCAGUACGGGGGUCACCGCUACGGUCUGACCAGAGACGCCAUCGAGGAGGUGGCCAAAGAGGGACUCGCCUGCUGUGUGCAUAUGGAGCUGGAGGGCGUGCUCAGUCUGAAGAACACCUACUUUGAGCCUCGCUACAUCCUGCUCAUCCCCACCCAGGCUGAGAAAUACAUGGGCCACAUGAAAAGCCGCGGCCUCUACAGCGCGGCGCAGAUCGACGUGGUGAUGUCCCGCGUGGAGCUCUACGGCAACACCAACAGGCAGCGACCGGGAUUCUUCGACAACGUCAUCCCCUGUGACAACUGGGAGGAAGCCUAUCAGACACUGAGGCAGAUAGUGAAGGAGUACCUGUUGGUGGAGGAGCAGGAAGAAGAAGAAGAAGAAGGAGGAGAGAACAACAACCGAGCAUCCCCUGACAACAACUCCACUGAUCACGAGUCGGAGGAGAAGCCGGAGGAGAAGCCGCAGUCGAGGGCGGGGUCCGGAGCCCUCGCGGCGCCCCCCGCCGCCGCGCUCGACCCCUCCGACCUGUCCUACAGGAACUACUUCAACAAGAUCCAGGCGGCGCUGAGCCCUCCGAAGAGCGCCGCCGAGCUAGCUUCCAUCAGGAGGCGUGAGCAGCUGGUGAGAGAGGCCAUUGUGGGGAAGAGUCUCGGGAUCUACAGCCAGCUCUUCAAAAGCCCUGCUCCAACAGCUGCAUCAUCAGGGUGGGAUCCUGAUCCGCAUCUCAGUGAGGACAGCAGCGGCUCGGGUGAGUCUCGUGCCAGUUCAGCGCUCACCGUGCCCGGUUCAGCCGGGGGCUUCUCCGGUUCAGCGCCGCCGCUCGAUUCGUCUGCCCUGGAACACACCUUGGAAACAAUCAAAGGCGAAACUCCCGAUGCCCCGCAUCCAGACGCAGAGCUGCUGUCCGCGGCCGCGUCUCCCUCCUCUGAUAGACGUCCUGGAUCCAACGCCAAGCCCAUCCUGCCUCCAAUUCCUUCUGGGCGCAAGACCCCUGCGUCGCCCAGCCCGGCGCCGUCCCCCCGACCCGGCCCGAACACGGCGGGCGCAGAGGGGGGAGAUGCGGACAGGGAGGGAUAAAUUCGUGUGGCCUCGGAAACGAGAGGAAGUCGAUCCAUCGGCGACGGUACCGAAGUACACCACUUAACAUAGAAGAUUAGUUAAACGGGUUAAAUUACAAGAGCAUCAAAAGUCUGUGUUUUUAAAAGUUAAAAGAAAACCACAGAACACACUCGUGUUGCUGUCUAACCCCGAGCGACUGCGAGUGUGAUGCGUUGAACACGAGCCAAACACUCGAUGUCAGACAUACCUGUUGGCACUUUUACUGUGAAAUGUUGCUCGUGCCGCAGCACGCCUGGAUCUUUUACACUGGCUAUAUACUUUAUGACUGAUAAAUGAUGCGGUUACUGACCAUAUAUACUGUAUAUAAGGAGACUACGGCAUAAUUAUGGGGAAAGUUCUGUUUUACUCUUUGUAGAAUUACUGGCAUUCCGGCCUGAAGGUAUUGCGUUGACAUAUGUUGUGAUUAAUGUCUGUCUUUCAGUCACGAGGAGUACAGCAGUGUGUUCAACACAGGAAAAAAUAGUAAAAUAGUUAUUUUUGUCUAUUUAUAUUAAUGUGUGCUAAUUCUUAACUAAAAGUAGUAUCUGUUCAUCCUGGAAAAGUUCUGCAAAGUAUGUGAUAUCUUAUGAUGUUUUAUGAAUGUGGCAUUCAUUUUCCUGACAGUGAAGUGGCAUUAUAUUUCCUACUUUUCACGAAUCUCAUCAAAGAGGAUUUGCCAUUGACACCUAGAUGUGGAUCCAUCGUAUGCAGCAUGGAGCUGUUGUCAAUAAAUGAUAAAUACAUCAAUCUGUAUCUCUUCUGAUGGGAUUAUUUAUUCAACUGGAAAUGUAUUCAUAUGGAAGUUGUUGACUGGAAA